CUCUCUCUCUAUUGCUAUUAGGGCUUCAAGGUGCCGAUGGCUUUUCAAAGAUCUGAAAGUUGGAUUUUUUCGAUGUUUCUUGCAAUCUGUGAAAGAAAAAACAUUGGAUUUGUGUUUGUAUUUGCAGUAAUUUGAGGCCGUAUUGUUUUUAGAUGGGUGUACAUCAUCUGUAGAUGAAAACGCUUGGUUCUCCUCGAAGGCUACCCAUUUCUUUUUAAGGCUACCCAUUUCUUUUUAUAAAAUUUGUUCUUUUCAAUACCUGUAAUUUCUCAGUAUUAUUAUAUUGUCGUGUCCUAAUUCUCAUGCUUCUGUAGAGAGAAGAGAGAGAGAGAGUAAAAAAAGAGCAACAAAGAAACAAUCCAGGAAAAAAGAAAGAAAAAAUGACAAUAUUGUAGUUCACUCACUCACUCUUGAGUAAGAAACAGAUCAAUACUGGAAGUCACUAGAAAAAAAUUUCUCUUAUUUAAUACCUCUUUUAAUUAUGAAUUUUGUGAAGUAGAUGGAGUGAGAAAGAGGGAACUUCCCUUCUUAUUAGUUUUUGGAGGCUGGAAUUCAAUUUCUGUCUCUUGUAACUGCUUUUUUACCGAAGAAAUGUUUCUUUCUCUCUCUCAUGGAUUGUAGAGUUCUUUUUAGCUUAGGCUGCAUGCCAGAAUAUUAAUUACAAAACGGUGUUUAUUCUUUUUUCUCGAUAUGUCAUUCAAUGUUAUUAAUUCAACAACGAUAAGUAGAGAAGAGCCAAUUGCCAUAUAAAUCCCUUUUUUAGGGCGUGUUUGAAUAAUGGAAGCCGUGGCAUCCUUAGCUGCGGCACUUGCCGUAUUUCUUAAACACGGGAAACAGUAUGUUGUUCUGCAAGCCAGGGGAAGUGUUCCAAAACAGUGUUAGAGAAGCUGCAGCCUCUGAAGUUGGUGGAAGAGGCUGCUUUCAAUCAAACACGCCUUUUGGAAGUUAAGAAGUCCCAUAUAUUUAAACUCCCCUUUUCCAUUUCUUUAGUGGCCAAGCAAUUUGCUAAGGCAUUUACUUACCUAGAGACAUAUACCCAUAGAUGAACUAACUUUCCUAAUCUCCCUACACCAUCUUAUGACAUUGAUGGAGUCACAGUAAAAAGAGUAGUGGAUUUUAAAACUUGUGUUUUUGACAUUUGAACCCUUGCUAUUUCCAUUUCUUUUUCUUCUCACAUUGGGGCCCCUAUUAAGAACCUAUGCUCAGUGUUCUUAUCAUUUGUGAAUCGAACAAAACAUACUUUAAAGAUUUCAAAAGUGUCUGUUAAGCUUUCAUUGGAGUUCCCAGUUUACUAUGGUUCUGUAACCUAGUUAAGUUGACUUGUGAUUUUGGGGUUACAUUGAUGAGGGGUGGAUUCAUAAUAUAAGAUAGACUUGGUAGUGUUAUAUAUAUAUAUAUAUAUAUAUAGACUUGCUAAGUGUUCACUAUUGUUCGAAUUGGUGUGGCUGUUCAAUAGCAUGUGGAGUGCACAAAUUGAGGAUAUCAUCUGGAAAAAAUUUUUUUAAUGAAAUUAUAAGACUUUGUUCUCGCAGAAAAAAAGAAAAGAAAAAAGAAUAAGAAAAGGGAAAUUAUAGGAUUUCUGCAUAAUGGAUUCAUAUUCAAUGGUAACAAUUAUCCGUACAGCUAUUGUGAUUGCAAGUUCUCUACAUAAUGGUUUCUUAUUUCUCUUGUCAUUUUAUGGAAGGUAAAAUGAAAUGGUAAAACUUUUUUAUUGUUAACUGAGAGUGAAAUGGUAAUUUUGUGGAGCAAAGCCUGAUCAUAUUGGAUGAUCCUGGCAUUCUAAAUUUUCAGGUAGAAACAUAUUUAUUUUCUGUUAGUUUAUUAGAUUUUAACAUUUAUUAUUGGUUAUUUCAGUUUGGAUAUAUAUUUUUCCAGAGUGCUAAUGCAUGUUGCUAGUUAUACUGACUUGGUUUUCUACUCAUUGGGAGGACACCAUGCCAAAGAUAAAGACAAAUCGUGUCCAAUAUCCUGGUGGAUGGGAGCUAAUUGAACCUACUCUUCGUGAGCUAGAGGCAAAGAUGCGAGAAGCCGAGAAUGAUACUCAUGAUGGUAAGAGAAAGUGUGAGGCCCUUUGGCCGAUAUUCCGAAUAGCUCAUCAGAAGAGUCGCUACAUAUAUGACCUUUACUAUCGAAGAAAGGAAAUUUCGAAGGAGUUAUAUGAGUUCUGUUUGGAACAAGGCUAUGCUGAUCGCAAUCUAAUUGCUAAAUGGAAAAAGCCUGGGUAUGAAAGGCUUUGUUGCUUACGGUGCAUACAACCACGAGAUCAUAACUUCAACACGACAUGUGUUUGUAGAGUGCCAAAGCAUUUGAGGGAAGAGAAGGUUAUAGAAUGCGUUCACUGUGGUUGCAGGGGUUGUGCUAGUGGAGACUGAUAAAUUUGAAAGACAAGAUUGUAUGAUUUUCUCAGCAGAUGGACUUUUGUAGGAUUAACAUUGUUUUGCAUGUAUAGGAAAGAUCAAACUUUCCAAGCCUUGGAAAUCAAAGAAAGCUGUGUAUUAAUCUCUC